AUGCUACAAAAUUGUCUAAUUUUUUUGGCAGAGUCAAGGAGUAUGCAGCGUAAAGCUCGUGAGGAGGUAAGAAGGAUCUUGGAAGAACAAGAAAAGUUGAGUAAUGAAUUGGAUAAAAAAAGGCGGAAGCUUGAUUCCUGGAGCAGAGAUCUUAAUAAACGUGAGGUACUAACUGAUCAAGAGAGGCAGAAACUUGAAGAAGACAAGAAGAAGAAAGAUUCGAGGAAUGAAUCACUUUUGUUGGCUUCAAAGGAGCAGAAGAUAGCUGAUGAAAAUGUCUUAAGGCUUGUUGAAGAGCAAAAGAGAGAAAAAGAAGAAGCCUUAAACAAGAUCUUUCAAUUGGAAAAACAACUAGAUGCCAAACAAAAGUUAGAAAUGGAAAUUUCGGAGUUAAAAGGAAAGUUGCAAGUUAUGAAACAUCUUGGAGAUCAAGAUGAUGCAGCUAUCAGAAAAAAAAUGGAAGAAAUGAAUGAGGAAUUGGAGGAUAAAGUAGAGAGUUUGGAUAAUAUGGAGUCCAUGAACAAAACCCUCAUUAUCAAGGAGCGCCAAAGCAAUGAUGAACUACAGGAAGCUCGUAAAGAAUUAAUAGAAGGGUUAAAUGAAAUGCUGACAGGUCCUAAAACUAAUAUUGGUACCAAGAGAAUGGGAGACCUUGACCAGAAGGUUUUUGUGACCGCCUGCAAGAAAAGAUUCCCUCUAGAAGAAGCUGGAAUAAAGGGUGUUGAACUUUGCUCUUUGUGGCAGGAGAAUGUGAAGAAUUCCGCUUGGCAUCCUUUUAAAGUGAUCAGAGUUGAUGAUAGACAUGAGGUAUAUGUGGAAUGGGGAGAUGAGAUAUAUUCAGCCGUUGUUACAGCUGUGAAAGAAGUAAAUGAAUACAAUCCAAGUGGUGGAUAUACUAUUUGGGAGCUAUGGAACUAUAAGGAAAAAAGGAAGGCAACAUUGAAAGAGGUUAUUAAUUAUAUUGUGGAACAUAUGAAGCAACUUAAGCACAAGAGAACAUAGGCAAAAGGGGAGAACUACAUCAUUUCAGCAAUGGGGAGUUGGACAGUAGGACCAUUUUCGUGGGAUUGUAUGAUUGUUGUGUUGUACCUUGAGGCUUUGGAGAGCUAUAAAUAUGGCAUUUCAAUGGAAGGAUGAAAGGUGGACUUUUUUCAUAUGGGCUUCAAACUUCAGUGAGCUGUUUAAUCUGUUGUGGAU